UCUUCUUUUAGAGUCCAGGUCUGAGGCUCAGACUCUGGUGACCACAACCACAAACUCACUUUAACUCACCUCUGAACAUUUGUGUUUCUUGCAGCUCCUUCAGAUCUGGUUUAGUUUGUCUCAUUUUCGAGUUGAUCCUUUGAAAACACCAGCAGAAUGGACCCUGCAGCUGUUCCUCCUCGUGCUCCUCAGGUCCUGCAGGUGCUCCCCUGUCUGAACGAGGCCGGACUGAAGCCGUGGGACUGUGGUCUGUGGGAUGAGACCACGAUGCCCUCGACCCUCACAGGAAUCAUCAGUCCAGAGCGCCACCUACAGGCCAUCCAGCACAUCAACAAGAUCCACCACAAGAAGUACUGGUUCGGGAUAGAGAGUGAACAGGCCGUACUCACAGUCUUCAUGGUGAUGGGGACCAUAGUGGGAACUGUAAUGGGAAUAAUCAUGUUAAUUGAGACUAAAGAUUUGGUAGAACGCAUAGGCAUCAUCGUUGCUUUCCUGGUCCUGUACGGAGCGACAUUCAAGUACAGAAAACAGGUCUUUGACCGAAUCAUGUACCUGCUGAAGAAGGCGGUGGGCGGGGCUAACACUCUGCUGUGUGACGACAACAUUCUGAUUGGCUGUCGGACCAACGCGGAGCUCGUGUUUGUCUACGUGCCUCUGGACGCCUGCAGGGAACGACCUCGGUGCAGGGUUCAACACCGCGGUGCUGAAACACUCCUGUGUCUACGCCUGGAGUCUUUAUCAAGGAAAGAUGCCGUUCAAGUCGCCCUCUGACGAGUCUGGUCACCUGCAGGGGGCGUGCUGCUUCUGUCAGUUUGUGCGGCAUUACCAAUGCUGCUGGUGCUGAAGCUGUGAUGUGUUAAAAACACCUGGAAAGAACGAAGAAAAAACAUUCACUGGACAUAUAAUGGUGUAUUUGUGUCCUGAUAAAGCAGGACUCUGUCUG